AUGCACUCUGGGAGCUGUAGUCCUGCUGCACGCACACAAGUAUUAAAACGUUUUUCUGUAAAACUACAGCGCGGUCACGCGAAGAUGACGGCCAGCGCUGCACCGGAAGUUGAUGCAUUUAUGAAUUUUAAUAAACUUGUUUUUUUUUUCUUCUUCUUUAUGUUCUACCGAGAGCGGCAGCUGGCGGCAACAGUGCGGUGCAUUAAGAGAAUUAUCGGUCAUUAUAUUGCCGUUAACGUCUCCGGUUCGUGUCUUCUGAUGACGGAGAGUCCGGAAAGACACGUCCAGCAGCGGACACACAGCGGCGGCACCGGGCCGACGGUGGUAAAGGUGGAGUCAUGUGUGUCAGAUUUACCUGUCUUCACCCCUCCACAUACUGCUGAGCUACACUUCCUGCGGUCUAGGGUUCGAGAGCUAGAAAGAGAGAAGGCCGAGCUGUCUGCAGAGAACCAGAGACUGAAGAGUAUGCUAGUCCACGAAAUCCCUGGGCUCCUGUCGACUAUGUGGCAGACGUUGGGCCAGACCAAUGGUCAGCUCUCCAAUUCCACGGCAACAGGUAGGAGUGACAGUUAUGCUCCAUACUCGCAUCACCAACCCCCACUUACCAAUCAGGAUGGAGACUUCAGCCCACAGGUCUACGUCCAACAGCUCCAAGAGGAGCUGAGCGUGGACAUGUCUGAGUCCUGGGGCCAGCUGGGCUCUGACCACGAGGAGGGGCCAGGAGGAGCUGACCUGGGCCUAGGGAGCCACAUGGCUGAGGAAGCACCGCUGUGCAGUCAAACUGACAUGGACGAGCUAAGGAGGAGCUGCUCUGAGAGCCAGUGCACUAGUGGACAUAUUAAUGGACAGGUGAGCCAGGUGGAGGUGUAUCCCGGCUCUGGGGUUCUCUGUGAUGUCCGCUCUUGGCAGGCAGCAAACCAGGCCCAGUCUCCAACAGCGAUGGCGCGAACACUCUUAAUGGGUGUAUUUGAUAUGAACACUCUGAUGAACAGUAAUCUACGAGGUGGACGGAGUCGCCGGCCAGCUUUUCAUCCACAACGCAGUGCGCUGGAUCCACACAAGAUCAACGCCAUCUUCAAUGCCAUCUUGGCUCGUUUCCCUCUUGCAAAAAGAGGAGUCAUCGGCUCUGGCAUUAACUCCAAACUUUCUGAGAUCCGUUUCCGCUCCCGCAGAGCCAAUCGAGAUCCACAGUUUCUCUAACCGACAGCUAGCUGGCUCUGCCCACCUGCAGACAAAAACAAACAAAAGAACACAAAGGCCUUCCUCUGCUGGACCAUGAGAAACUUUCUGACUGGCUGUUUAAUUUCAAACCUUUGCUCAGCUGCAGGUUAGGUGAUUCAGUGUCUCUGUUAUCAUAAGCGUCUGUUACAAAGCUUUGUGUUGCCAUAACUACCUGGUGAUCUACAUUAACAUGAAGGCUGUUUUCGAAACCGCGUACUACAUACUACUAUCUAAAUCAGUAUACAGUAUAUACUGUAUACUGCAUACUGAGUUCAACAGUAGUAUGUAGUAUGACAGCCAGUCGUCGGUUAUUUUGCAGUAUGCUUGGCACGGUUAAACUGGUUUUACUCAGCUGUGAAUAAUAUGUAGAAAUAGAGCAAGCGAAGCACCCUGUAAUUGCAGCUGCUUGUCCAGCUGUGACACAUACACUGUACAGUCUACAAAGCAGGAAGAUACGAGGUGGUAAGACAUACAAAUAUAUGAACAUGUCAUAUUUGUUAUUGGUUCAUAAUGUGGCCAGAUAUUCAGUCACCGCCACCGACGAGUUCAAACAGCUGCGCUCCAGCAUUUUGACCUCUGACCUGGCACUUUGCAUUGUGGGAAACAGUACGCGAGGUAGACUGGUCCGAUGCAUACUGUACAUUUUUCCCGAAUCAGUAUGACAUCCUGGUAUUUUUGGCAUACUGCGGAUCUUGCAGUUGUUCGCAUACUGCAUACUGCAUACUGCAUUUUGGCCAAAUCAGUAUGUACUAGUAGUAUAGUAUGCGGUUUCGAAAACAGCCAAAGUGUCUGUGAAGAGACACAAAACUACCUCAUAAACACAAAGACAUGUGAAACAACAAAGAGACUGGUACAACAAGAACCAUAACUUCAAGAGCUUCAAGCUAGCAUGGAGGGACAACUUCAGCAAUACAACAAAAAGACUCAAAACAAGCACAUUUACAUGAGCAGAGAAGAAGUGAGAGCGCCACAUAUACACACUUGGUCAGACAUGCACACACAGCGUUGCGCUCCCCAGCUGGCUCAGCUGAUCCUGUCUGGCCUCUGCAACACCUCUGUUACUAACUCUGAAGACGGUACAGAGGGAGGAUCACUUUGUCCCUCCAUGAUGCCUCAUCGACACUCAGUUUAAAGGCAAAACAUCGUAAAAGGGACAUAAAUAUUGUGGCUUGAAACGGCAGUCUGAAUACGGAUAGAGACAAGGACAAAGACAUUCCCACAAAAGUUUCCGCUCAACAACUACUAAAGGAAUGCAAAAUGACCCAAAAGUACAAAUGGCUGGUCACAAAAACAAAGCACCAUUAACACAGGACCAGAGCGACAGCCAUAAAGACAAAACUUCAGAAACUACUGCAAAAAAAACCCAAACAUACACAAAGAUUUCACAAACAUUCUGAGAAUCCUCUCAGAGAGCUCCUAACUUAGCUUAAAACACCCUAGCAAGGAUUUUUAGCUUAGGAGUGAUCUAAGAACAUCAGCACACAAAGAGACUUAAUUAGAGAUCGGAUGCACCAGUGGAGGUUAACACAGCAUGCCUGUUUCAUCUUGCACUGAAAAAAGUAUUGGAUAGAUUGAAAUGUCUGCAGAAAUCAUUUGGUCUGUUCUGCCCAACUAUGAGUCAAAAAGAUGAUUCUUCAUGUAGUGUCUGAAGAACACUUCCCUGUUUCCUUCUCAGCUUGAGAAACUCUUCAUCCUGUUAAAAGUCCUGCUCCUAACAGUUUGACACCUCAGGAGCUCUAUAAGGGCUAAGAUGCUUUGUGAAUAACUUUCAUCUUUACAAGGAUCUAGUCUUUACUUUGAGGGUAAAAUCUUAGAAAAUGUCCUGAUUCUAAGAAUUGUGUUAGAAUUUUGACACUAGGAGCAACUCUUAGUACUUAGGAGGAUUUAUGAAUAUGUCCCAAGACCAUUAAAAAAACCUUAAGAGACCAGCACAAAAACAUACUCCCACACAAAACAGCCACUAAAAUACAGUUACAAACACAUAGAACCAUAAAGAGUCUCAAAGAGUAUCAAACAGUGACCCCAAGAAACGUAAUAUGACCACAAAGAGACAACCAACUGCAAAGACAAGACUACAAAAAACUCAAAUGCUACUCAUGUCUGUUUUUGUCAUGGUGAGCCUCAGCUGCUCACAGUCAGGACUUGUUUUUGUUUACUUUGUAUGUAAUGUGCUGCAGACAUGUAAUGACAUUACAUGAACUGACUCGUAUUUAUGUCAUGUUGUUUGUGUGAAUUACAGUACCAUCAGUAAAUGUAAUCAUUUUAAACCCAC